AUGGAGGAGGAGCGUCAAUCAGUGAAGAAGUUCGCGUUCUUCGGCAUCGCCGCCUCCACCGUCGCCACGCUCACCGUCAUAAUGGCGGUGCCGAUGCUGUGCCUCUACAUGCAGAACAUCCAAUCGGGUCUUCAGGACGAUCUGACGUUCUGCAAGUCGCGCACCGACUCGCUGCGCGGCGAGUACACCCGUCUCGCCGCCUACCGUGACUCCGCCGUCGCCACUCUUCGUCACAAACGAUCAGGUGGCGGCGACAAGUGCUGCUCGUGUGGAACUGGAGCCGCCGGACCGGUCGGAGCGCCGGGAGACGAUGGAGAGGCGGGAGCGGAUGGAAAGGCCGGAAAGCCGGGAGUGAACGGAAAGGACGCCGACGCGCAGCAGAUUCCGACCGCCGACGACUUCUGCUUCGAGUGCGAGCCGUCGCCGGUGGGACUACCAGGACCGCCAGGACUAAAGGGACCCGAUGGAGAGGCCGGCGCCGCCGGAGAACAAGGGCCCGCCGGACGCCCCGGAAACAAGGGAGCGCCAGGACCAGCGGGACCAGUGGGAGCCGACGGAGAGCCAGGAGAGAUCGGCGCCCCAGGAGCACCAGGAAUCCAAAGAACCGUCGCGUCGCCGGUCGGAGAGCCCGGAGAGCCGGGAGAGCCGGGAGCCCGCGGAGAGCCCGGACAGGACGGACGGCCCGGACAACCCGGACGACAGGGACCACAGGGAGAGGCGGGAGCCAACGGAAAGGACGGAGAGCCGGGAAAAGACGGCGAGGACGGCGAGCCAGGAAAGCCGGGAGAGGAUGGACCGAAGGGAUCGUGCGAUCACUGCCCACCACCACGCACCGCCCCUGGAUAUUAA